ACAGGCUAGAUAUAUCAACUAUCAAUGAUUCACGAAAUUAAUUUCGAAACCUAGUAUAAAGUGUGUGUGUGUGUGUGUGUGUAGCAAAAUAUUCUUCUGCGGUCUACUAGAAGCCUAAGUAUUCGUGUAUUCCUUACAAAAAUUACGAAAUGAUACAAAAAUUGUAUCUAAAUAAAUUUCUACUACUUCUACUUCUUAUAUGCUAUGCAUUUAAAUGUCCACCGUGGCUCACGUUACAAAUAUAAAGUGUCGGGUUGGGUAAAUUUCGAAAGUGUUGCAACACUGUGCAACCGACAAGGACUACAUACAUAUGUAUGUAGAUACCUAUACACUUGUAAGGGAACAGGAUAAUCGAAUUUCGAACAGCCAGUAUUAGUUAGAACAUGAACGCUUGUCAGAUGGGGCAAUCGCGUUGUGAGUUAAUAAAACCGGGGAAAUGUUAAAUAUAUUUGUUUAAGUGCGAUUAAAAUUAUAAAAUGGUUCAUUAGGGAACUGACUGGUUUAUGUAUACCGUUAGAUGAGAAGUUGGAACCAUUUAUACAAUUUUCUGCCAAAUUUCUUAAAGUGAUUCUUAUGAAUGUCGCGCAAAUAUUUUAAUAUAGAGAUAACUUUAAUUUAUUUUUUACUUCUUAUACCAUGGCCUCAAACGCAUAUAAUAAAGUUGUUUUGCUCCAAAGAUAGCAGUCGCCUAGUACGUAAGAUAGUGAGUUCAAAGUGGACACCCAUAUUGGAUAAGUAUUCGGCGAAAUUACCUUUGGAAUGUCCGUUACAUCCGCUACGUGAUGUUUUUUCUCCAUGUCAAGAUGCCAAAAAACGAGACCGACCAACUCAGUGGACAUGUCGUUUGUGUGGUAAAAGCUUCUAUCAAGAAAGAUUUCUGGACUUACACUUUGGGACGCGUCACAAAAGUGUCAUCAAUGAGGCUGAGGACGCCGUCUGCUUGGCGGACUUUUGUGAUAUAAUGCGUUGUGAGGUGUUCCAAACCGAGGAGUCUUCUAGCUUGACCACCAGCGACCAGCAUGUCGUCACCGAUAUUGAAGUUUGGGGGGAUUCACUGGGACAGAAUUCGGCGUUAGCCAAAGCGAACACGCCGUAUUUGAGUUUAAUACCUCUAAGGACUUCAUCUAUAGGCGGUACGAGAGCGGCUAAAGUACAAACUCGUCAAUUAUGUCAAGACAAAAUUGGUCAGAAUAAAUUCAAGGACACCGUCGAAAAUGUAAUUAUUGCUGAAAAGAGCAAGAAGACGACCACCAUCAUUGCCAAUGAACCAAUAAAAAAUAUGAAAAAGGGACAUGCUGACGGUGAACAUUCAACAGGAAGUCCCACAAAUGUGGAGCACAACAAGGCUACCAAUACACAAACGCCACCGCAUUCCAGAAGUCAGAAAGCCAAAAAGAAAGGUCCAAAGGAGCAUAGUCAUAAUGACGCAGAUGAGGGAAGUCCGAGUCCAAGUGACAACACGAGCUCACCCAAGAAUGAGAACGGAAACAUACAGAAAACACGAUCCAGUUGCAAGGCCGAGGAACUUCACAAACUUAAGGUACAAUGCGAGUUAUUGGUACGCAGUUGCAUCUCUGGCCUGCUAUUGACCAUGACGGAUCAGAUGUUUAAGGAAAUGGAAGAGGAGAUGAAUAGAGCGGUUUGUUGGUAUCUAUCAUGUGACCGAUAUUGGGAGGACGGUCCGCUUGAGUCCCGCACCUUUCCUUGGGGAUUGACCUUAAUACUCAUUUUCGUAUUAUCGACUGGAAUUUGCUUUUGUUACUACAUUAUUUGGAUAUUAUUUGAUUCCGAGGAGACGACAAUCAAUACCGGUCAACACGAUUACAUGUACCAUCGGUACCAACAAUCGGGUUCAAUGAAACACCCACACCAACAACAGCAGCAGCAGCAGCACCAGGCAAUGACGUCUACCGGUAUUUACGGUGGCAUGCGUCAGAACGUGGCCCAGCCAUAUUAUUACCAACAGCCGGUCCACGAAUUAUACCCCGAACCACUUCAAUACGAUUAUCGCCACAGUCCAAGACGAUACCGGACCGAAUCUCAUACGCAGAGCACUUCAACGGUAGCCGACAUGGCGGGAACACCACAUCAUCGGCACGCACCGACGCAGAGUCACGUUUACCAACAGGACAUUUUAGACCGACGCGACUAUACAAGUAGACCCAUUGCUACAACAGCGGUUACAAGUGUAGGUGGCAAAUCAAUGAACAGUUCCGGCGGUGCACCGAAGUCCGCGAGCACCUCAGGUCUGGGGACAUCCAGCGCCACAGCGUUGGACAGCAGCGAGCCGAGCAUGGGUGUGGCUGCGGGAGGCGGACGCCAUUACAAUACCCACCCACGGCCCUUAACCUCUCAUCAUCGGAAUAGUGGUGCAUCUCAGCAUUCGCUACGCGCUUCAUCAUCCAUUCAUGAAUUUAUGCAAAAUGACAUAGGCCAAAAUGAGCAUUACAUCUAUGUUACGUAUCCGCCAGAUCUGAAAAAACGCUAUUUUGAUAAAUACGAAUAAAUACUCGUACGUCUAUGCAGUUUACCGACAUGGAUAAAUACAUAACUGCUUGCACAUACAUACAUACACCUGUCUAUGCAGUAUGCAUGUCUGUAUGUAGGUGUAUGUAUGUGAAAUGGGCGCCAACUUGGACGAAAUCAGCACAUGCAAUGCAUUAAAUUUAUUGGCUUUGAAGAGGUCGGAUGCACUUGGGAGAUACAUUAGGAAAGUACACAGGAUCAUUAAUUUAUUGAUUUAACAUUUUUAAGAACAACAAUAUACACGUAAAAUUCAUAAACGCCAAUGCAUCGAUAUUUAUGUAAAUGCUCGAGACGCUUUCGCGGUUUGGAAACUUGGAUUCAAAGCAUCGAAGUGUCAUUAUUCAUUAAUAAAGCAAAUUUCUAAAACAAAA